AUGGCUGGUGGUGGUAUGCCCAUCUCCCCCGGCACGGUUGCGGGUGGCUAUCUGACCGGAAAGGCAUUGAUUUUCCCGCUGUCGCUGGUCAUCUCCCUGUUCUUCCUGUGGGGCUUCAGUUAUGGUCUUCUGGAUGUCUUGAACAAGCACUUCCAGACCGUCCUCGGCGUCACCCGCCUCGAGUCGACCGGGCUGCAGGUCAUGUACUUCGGCGGAGGCUACCUGCUCUUCUCCCCCAUCGCGGCCGAGGUCCUCAAGCGGCGCAGCUACAAGUUCACCAUCAUCAUGGGCCUGUGCCUCUACUCGCUGGGCGCCAUCAUGUUCUGGCCGACGGCGCACUUCACCAACCCGGAGAACAAGAAGGCGGCCUUCGGGGGCUUCCUCGCCUGCACCAUGAUCAUCGCCUGCGGCCUCGCCACCCUCGAGACGAGCGCCAACUCGUACGCCGUCGUCAUCGGCAACCCGGCCACCGCGUCGGCCCGCCUGCAGUUCUGCCAGUCUUGGAACGGCGUCGCGUCAUUCAUCGGCCCGCUCAUCGCCUCCAAGGCCUUCUUCUCGGGCGAGGGGUCCAAGGACCUGACUUCGGUGCAGUACGUCUACCUGGCCGUCGCGUGCGCGGGCGCCGCCGUCGCGGUCCUCUUCUUCUUCGCCAAGCUGCCCGAGGUCUCGGAGGAGGUCAUCGAGGGCACCUCGACCGCCGACAACCCGGCCGGCGACAGCGACGAGGGCAUCGGCGCGGGCCCGCUGUACAAGCAGUACAACAUGAUCUGCGCCGUCGCCGCGCAGUUCUGCUACGUCGGGUCCCAGGUCACCAUCGCGGCCUUCUUCAUCAACUACGCCACGGAGAACGCGCACUUCCCCUCCUCGGAAGGGUCGCAGAUGCUGUCGUACGGCCUCAUCGCCUUCACCGUCGGCCGCUUCGUCGCCACGGGGCUGGCGACCGUCUUCCAGUCCGACUUCAUCAUGAUCAUCUACGCGGCCAUCGCCAUCGCCAUGACGGCCUACGUCUCGGCCGGCAGCGGCACCGCGGCGGUCGGCGUGCUCAUCACCAUCUUCUUCUUCAUGGCGCCCAUGUACCCGACCCUCUUCUCCCUCGGGACCGCGAACCUCGGCCGUCACACCAAGCGCGGAGCAGGUAUCAUGGUGAUGGGCGUCUCGGGCGGCGCCGUCUUCCCGCCGAUCCAGGGCGCCAUCGCGGACUCGGCCGGGACGCGCAUCAGCUACGUCGUGCCGCUCGUCGGGUUCGUGUUCGUCCUGAUGUACGUCCUGGGCCACUGGCUGCGCACCGGGAGGCACAUCAUGCGCGUCAGGGAGGUCGUCGCCACGACCCCCGAGGCUGCCAUUGCCGCCGGCGAGAAGAGCGAGUUUGAGAACGUCGAGGUUGCCGGCGACCGCAAGGUUUAG